CCUGCCCCUGCUGGGGAGACCGCGGUACUGCCCAGGGCCAACGCUAAUGGAGGGUACCGUAGUGAGACGGGACACUGCUGUGGAGAGACCGGCUGCUGCACCUACUACUACGAACUCUGGUGGUUCUGGCUGCUGUGGACGGUCCUCAUCCUGUUCAGCUGUUGCUGUGCAUACCGACACCGACGAGCCAAACUGAGGGUUCAGCAGCAGCAGAGACAACGAGAGAUCAGCCUGCUGGCCUACCACGGAGCCAACUCCUAUCCCUCCUCCAUGCUGGACCUGAGUUUUCUGGCGUCUCUGAAGCUGCCUUCCUAUGAGGAGGUGGCUGCACAACCCUCCACCCCUCCUCCACCCUACAGCUCAGUGUUUACCACCCCACGUUACCCACAGCCACCCCGCACCUCCGACCCCCACCUGCUCACGCAGCACGGUCCGCUGCUACACCAGACGCUCAGCGAUGGUCCAUCUUCUUUCAGCUCCGACAACAGCUCCAGUUGUUCUUGUGACUCCUGCUGCCCCUCCUCACCUUGUAGCUCCUCCCUUUCUGCACCUGUCACAUAUGAGACUGACACCAGCCACGCCACAACCCCUAGCGAGGCGGCACCCCUCACUCUUGAUGUCACCAUGGAGACUAUUGCUGCGGCGGCAAACCGUUUGGAGGUAAAUCGGACACGAUUUGAGUCUGAGAGGACUGCUACCACUGUGGACAUUGACAUGGGCGAUGAAGUUUCUUCUGGGGCACAGGAAUCUAUCGCCACGGACUCAUCAGUUCCCAACCAGACUGUUACCGUGGCGCUUGUUAACAAAGCAGUCCCCCCUCAUCCUCUGCCCUCUCCUGGAGCAGAGGUGGCUCUUCCAGUUGAAACUUCAUCUCCUCUAAAGCUAGACCUAGCACCCUGUCCCCCAACAGUAAGCAAAUGUAGCUCAAGUACACUCCCUAGUCCAAGCGUUGACACAACUCUCACCUCCAACCAAACAAUAAGCAUUGUGAACCUGACUAACUGCCUUCAAACAAGUCAUUCACCUAUAACCACCUCAAUGACAGAUUGCUCAACCCCAACAGCUUGCAAUUCUGACAUCUCUUCAGUCACCCAAACCCUCAAAACCCUUGAUCUGACAAGAACUUUUGAUACAGCCAAUAUUCCAAGUAGCCCAACAUCAGUACCAUCCCCAGAUUUUGAAAGAAUGUUAGCCGCCAUGGCAGUUUCUCCUGGUCUCUCAAUUGAAGACCCAAAUCCUAGCUUUGUGCCAAUCCCAGCAUCUCCAAACUUUACACAAGCUAAAGCUCCUGAACCUUCCAACCAUACCCAACCUUCAAGCCCAGUUCCCAGACACCACAUCCAAGCUUCAGGCCCAAUGUCUGCAAUCCUUACCCAAGCCCCUGAUUCAGUACCUUCACAUUUGAUUACAGAUCCAGACCCAUUAACUUCAAACCUUUCAGAAGUACCAGUCCCAAUAAUCACAAACCUUACCCAAAAGUCGGUCCCAGUAACUACAAACCUUAGGCAAGCAACAGAUGCAAUACCUACAAACUUCACCCAGGAUACAAAUCUAGUACCAACAAUACAUGCCCCCCCUUCAAACCAAGUACUAACAGCUGUUACCCAAGCGUCAGACAAAGUACCUUCAAAACCUUCCCUAGUGCCAAAUAUCCAACUUAAAAUCCCAAAAGUCCUAGACUGUGAACCUAACCCCAUUCUAGCUCCAAAUCAUGCACAGCCAAACCCUAUCCUAGCCACAGAUGCAGCUCCAACUUCUCUUUCAUUAACCCAUAACCAGAUUUCAGAACCGUCCCAUGGGUCAGAUCAAGUUUUGGGUAUCACAAGAUUAAGGUCAAACUUGCCCCAGCACCCAGGACCUGUUGCUGUUCUUGUGUCUUGUCAAGAUCAAACCACAGUGCCAGCCAAUUCAGGCCCUUCUCUAGUCCUGCCUCUUUCGUCAGGGUCAGACCUCAUCUGUCACUCACCAUUAAGCGUCCAGACUGGUUUAAGGACUGGAACUGGAUCAUGUGGGUCUGAUGUUGGUUCAAUAUCAAGCCCACUCUCCACUCAUUCUCCAGUUCUCAGCUUUACAACACAAGCAGCCUCUUCUUCCUCCUGCCCAGCCAUAACCAUAGAAGCUGAUGUUUCUUUUGCUCCCUGUCAGUCUCCCCCAACAGUCCUUUACCCAUCUUCACCCUCACCCCCAUCACUCCCCUCGCCUCCUUGCCUCCCCUCUGCUUUGUGUCCUACCUCCCCCCCAGCCCCAGCCUUACUCCUGGACCCCCUCACUGCUCUGCACCAGUCAAACAAAGGUGGAUCUUCCUCUGGCCAUGCCUCAUCCCUCUCCCCCUCGCCACGUGCUACUCAGUCCCCUCCCAAACAGACUCUGUUUUCCCCCUGUGUGGACAUCUUUGAACCAGAACCCAGCUGGGAAGAUGGGAGGAGGACCAGGAUCAGAAGGACAAUGAUGAUGAAGAUGAGGAUAUUGGAGCAGAUGAGAGCCAGUAUAGACAUCGGCGACUUACAGGUGACUCUGGGAUUGAGGUGUGCCGGUGUCGGAUGGAGGAUGAGGAAGAGGAAGAAGAGGAGAAGGGGGAAGGGAUGGAGGAUGACAGCAGAGGUGGAGUUGAGAGAGAUAAAAAAGGAGGUGGAAACACUGAUCUCCAUGACAGUGUGGACUGCCCUGCCAGAAGUCAAAUAA